GAAACUGGAAACCCUUUCCUGGGGAACGAACUCCCUUUUCGAGUCGGGCGUGCCCGCCAAGACCCGCUGAAGGCGGACGGGGCUUGCGGAGGAGAGUCCAACGCGCGCUGGAGGGCGCAGGAGGCGGCGCUGGGCUGGGCGCGACCCGGGAGUGGAUGCGCCUGGGCGGGGCGCAGGAGGGCGGCUGCUCCGCGGGAAGGAAGGAAGGAAGGGCGGACGGCUGUGCUGCUCAUGGCUGGCGAGGAGCGGGGCCCGGCGCGGCUGGCGCUGCCUUCUUUGCCCGGGGCGCCCCGGGAGCGGUUGCACUUGCUCCCCUGCGCGGUCCGGCACGACGGCGCCGCUGCGGUGCGGCGGUACUUCGCGCCGGCCAUUCGACGGCCCGGAGAACCGGACGCAGAGGCAUCCGUAUCCUUCCGUGGGCGGAGCCUAAAAGGGAAGGAAGUCCUCGUACCUGAGGGCUACGUGGGGCUGGUCCUGGAGGAAGAUGAUGCAGCUUUACAGGAGCGGCAGGUGCGGGUGAAGUCUACCUUUGAGUCACUCACUGUCUGGAACCUGGAGCAGGCCCCCAACAGCAGUGAUGAGAUCCUCAUGUCCUUACAAUGGCCAAAGAUUGCUGAAGGGAUCCAUGCUCCUGUGGCUGAUGAAGAAUGAGAUGGGAGCUUGUGACUGCUGGUGACAUGGAAGUAAAACAAAACAAAACAGGCUGCACUUCGAACUCUGUAUUGGAUUUUUUGGGGGUGGGGGGCUAAGGAGUCCUUUUUCUGCAGGCCUCUCAUUUUCAGAUUGGAUGCUGUUGCUAACUCAGCCCCACCAACGUGCAGAUCUGUGCUUUCCUUGCAUUCAGCCUUUUCUUUUACAGUAUUACCAUUCAAGUGGAACUUUGCUUUCAAUCUUGGUCUAUCUCUGCAAUAUUUUUUUUUAAAGCAAGUUUUUGUGGGCUCACUCCUCACCAAAGUGACUUUUGAGAAUGUGCUCCAUCGAGCCAAAGGAUCCUGCUGCCACACCUGGUUCUGGUGGUUUCCCUCAACUACACUGAUAAGACCAUGUCAACACUGCUUUAAUUCCCACGCUUUCUGUCUCCCAGGAAAAUCUUGCCACUCCAGAGUUUUGGACACCCCUAUCUUUUCACAGAGCUGUAGUUCCUACAGUUCCUCAGGAAGAGCGCCAGGGUAGUGGAAAUGGAUUUUAAACACACUUAGUUUGUAUUGCAGACUCAGCUUUGAAAACCCCUUACAAGGUAAAGUGAUUGUGGCUUCUUAUAUGGCAUAUACUUACACCACAGCUCACCAGCAACCCCAAAUCCUGGGAACUAUAGUUGCAAUUCCCGUAAUAAACGUAACGUUUCCAGAA